AAAUUUUCGAGAUGUGACAAAUUGCGAUUGUCGAUUACAUGGUCGAUGAAAGGAAGGAGCAAUGGCAGCUCCCAUGCACAGGCGGGUUUGGAGACUUUGUCGUUCGUGUGACAAUGUUGCUUUUUAUGGAUCUGUUAGAGUGUUUUCUAAUACUUUCUCUCAAGGUGUACCCGAGGUUGCAGUUAAUUUUUCCAAUGACCGUCCAAUGCAACUUACUACCGGCAAGUAUGCACGGUUUGCAGACGGUUGUGCUGUCGCCCAACUUGGAGAUACAGCCGUUAUGGUGACUGCAGUAAGCAAGCAGAAGCCGUCUGCAGUGCCUUUUUUGCCUCUCGUUGUGGAUUAUCGUCAGAAAGCGGCGGCAGCGGGGCGCAUUCCCACAAAUUUUCUUCGGCGGGAAUUAGGUGUCUCAGAAAAGGAAAUACUCACCAGUAGAUUAAUUGACAGGUCUUUGCGACCUCUGUUUCCAGAAAACUUCAAUUAUGAGACCCAAAUUAUGUGUAAUUUACUCUCUGUGGACAGUGUUAAUGACCCUGAUGUCAUCAGUAUAAAUGCUGCAUCAGCUGCAUUGUCUUUGUCUGACAUUCCAUGGAAUGGACCUGUUGGUGCUGUGAGAGUUGGACUUUUGGACAAUGAAGUUGUUAUAAACCCUACAAGAUUAGAAUUAACAAAUAGUUCUUUAAAUUUAGUUGUUACUGCUAUGAGACACAGCCUUGUUGUCAUGUUAGAAGCAGCUGCAGAAAAUGUAUUGUUACCUGACUUCCAGAAAGCUAUUAAAGCAGGUGUGAAAGAAUGUCAACAAGUUGUUCAAGCUAUCCUACAAUUGCAAAAAUAUUAUGGCAAAGUUAAACGAGAAAUUGAAGUCCCAGAACCACCAAAUGCUGAUGUUGUUGAUUCUGUAAGAAGUUUCUCUGAAAUGAGACUCAGAGAAAUAUUUCGUGAUCAUAAUCACGACAAACUCUCAAGAGAUGUGGCUGUGAGUAAUUUGAGGACAGAUGUUAUUGAGAAGUUAAAACACAACCUUGGUGAUGCAGUUGAUGGAAGUGUUGUUAAUGAAAUUUUUAAUAAGAUUUGCAAAGAAAUUUUUAGGAGCAUGAUAUUUGAAGACAAUGUCAGGUGUGAUGGAAGAACAAUGGAUGAUUUGCGAAACAUUUCAUGUCAAGUAGAUCUGUACAAGCCUCUUCAUGGUUCAGCUCUUUUUCAGCGUGGGCAAACACAAGUUUUCUGUACUGUGGCUUUGGAUUCUCCAGAUUCAGCCAUGAAAUUAGAUACUAUAUCUAUGCUUACAAGUGGAUUUAAAGAGAAGAAUUUCUUCCUUCAUUAUGAGUUUCCUCCAUAUGCUACCAAAGAAAUUGGGCGUAUAGGUCCUGCAGGACGAAGAGAGCUAGGACAUGGGGCUCUGGCUGAGAAGGGAUUGCGAGCUGUUGUUCCUAAAGAUUAUCCUUUCACCAUUCGCCUCACAUCUGAAGUUCUCGAGUCAAAUGGCUCUUCCUCGAUGGCAUCUGUAUGUGGUGGUAGCUUAGCUUUAAUGGAUGCUGGAGUUCCAAUCUCUAGUCCAGCAGCUGGUGUUGCAAUUGGUUUAGUUAGCCGUUAUGAAAAUGAAGACACAAAACACAUGGAGGAUUAUCGCAUUCUUACUGACAUCCUGGGUAUUGAGGACUACAUGGGUGAUAUGGAUUUUAAAAUGGCUGGUACAAAGAAAGGUAUUACUGCUUUGCAAGCUGACAUAAAAAUACCAGGUUUGCCUCUCAAAGUAGUGAUGGAAUCUCUUCUUAAAGCAACAGAAGCUAAGUCACGUAUAAUUGACAUUAUGUCUCAAACUCUCAGUAAACACAGAUCAAUAAAGAAAGAAAAUUGGCCAGUGACUGAGAAGUUGGAAAUACCACCUCAUAAACGUGCCAAGUUCCUAGGAUUAGGUGGAGGGAACUUGAAGAAACUGAUGUUUGAAACUGGUGUUCAUAUUAACCAGGAAGACGAUCAUAGCUAUUUAAUAUUUGCUCCAAAUCAAGGUGCAAUGGAUGAAGCAAAGGAAAAAAUUAAGGAGUUUCUUUCUAGUGAGCGAGAACCAGAGUUGGAAUUUGGAGCAAUAUACACUGCCAAAAUUGUGGAACUUCGAGACAUAGGGGUUAUGGUGACUUUAUAUUCCUCUAUGGCUCCUGCACUUCUUCAUAAUACACAGCUGGAUGUUAGAAAUGUAAACCAUCCCAGUGCUCUUGGUUUGGAGGUAGGGCAGGAAAUCAAAGUGAAAUAUUUUGGUCGAGAUCCUGUGUCUGGGCUUAUGCGCUUAUCUCGAAAAGUGCUACAGUCACCUGCAUCGUCUGUAGUUCGGAAUUUGGACCCUAAAGAUUAAUAUCAGGUGUUGCACUGUUCAAGGUAAUGUGGGCUGAUGUAAUUUCACUUUGUGUUGGUGAAAUAAGAUGGAUAUUUGGUCUUGUGUGAAUCUUCUUAGUGAUAUGUAUAUAUGUGUGUGUGUAAUAGCCAAUAUCAGUGUAAUUGUAAGGAUGUGAACUGUAUAUAGUACACAACUGUUAAGUACUUUAAUUGGAAGAAACUAGCAAUUUUGUAAAUGAAUGAAAAUAAUUUUUUGUAUUGAAAAAUUUGUGGUAUUGAUCAGUCUUUCUAAGCUGUUCUUAUAUUCAUGAUAUAUUGUACAAUUGUUUUGAAGAAAAAGCAACUUUUGAGUAUUUUAGAAAAUGUUUUUUGUAUGUCAUGUUUUCAUGAAGGUAACUUUUUACACAUGCCAAUGUAAGAUGAAGCUUUCAUUUCAGAAAAUAUUUUCCAAUGUCAGACAAUUCUUGGAUUUUAAAAAUUUGAAAAUUAGAUGAAAGUAGCUGGAUUCUUCAGUUUGCUUCAUUCUAAGAAGAUGGAGCUCUACCAAAUUGCCCCAUUGCUCUUUCAAAGAAGUCGUUGAAAAUCACACUGGUGGAGUUCUCCUUCAGAUGUUUUUGCACUAUUGAAAGGGGUAUAUUAUUAAUGGACCCAAUUCAUAUAAUGGGUUUUGCACAGACUUGCCAUAAGUCAUUUGUUGUUUUAAGUACCUAAUUGGUUUAGUUCUGGAAAUGAUGUGUGUUUUAGACUCAUUUUUAAUUAAAGUAGUAAAACAGAAUGUGUUUUAAAUAAAUAUGUGAUGUCUCAGCAAAAGUGGCUGUUAUGGAUGAUAUGGGAAGUGAAAGUAGAUGAUGGAUUUGCUAAAAAAAAUCAUUGUCUUUGUGAAGUGAAACAUCUGAAGUUAAAGAAAGUUGGUCACAAAGUUUAUGAAAAAGUGUCUUACUAUUACAUUGCUUGAAAUCUUUGUUGAUUUUAUUACCAAAAUAAUAACAUUGAAAAGUAAUGGUAGUUUCAAAUUUUGACAUUGUUUCCAUUUAACUGGCAACACUCCAUAUGAACAGUUAAGAUGAAAUUUGCAUCAAAUUCGUAAACCAUAGUUUCCCCCAAGUUUUGGAAAUUUUGCAGAUCAACUACAUAAAGCUAUCAUGCUAUUAUUGUGUGGAACACGAUAUAAAUCCAACAACAAUGAGAACAACAUAAUACUUUAAAUAUUUGUAUUGCCGAAUAUACUACUAAUUUCCAAUGUGCAUGCCAGUUAAACUCAAUUGAUGUCAUUGUAGUGCCUCGGCUUGGGAGGUUGUAGUUUUAGAGUUCCAACUGGCAGGAUUUUUACACUAGCUACAUAGUUAGAUUGAGCUCAGCUGCUGUCUGAAGAAGAAUUCUAGAGGCCAGCUACCCUAAUCAGUAGUUUUCCAUAGUUCCUCCAAAUAACACCUGUGAAUGCUAGGACAGGACCAAAUUAAAUGGGCCAUGGACUGGGCACAAUCAUCAUUGUUCCAUUCCUUGCAAUUGUUCCUCUUCCUUGUACUAUUCUCACCUCGUCCUUGCACACUCUCGAGGUGGCUUCACACAUUUGUUAUUCAGCAAGUAGCGAGCAACCACUUGGUGAAACCCGAGUAGUGUGGACGAGUUGCUUGCUAUUUGCGGAGUGACAGACAUUCUGUGCUCGCCCUACCCACUAUGCAUCGAUCAUUAGGACCCAUUAUUAUUUUUCAUUGAGAAUUCAUCUUAACUGCAGAGAAGUAUGCCUUCGGCUGGUGUCUAGUGGUAGGUCGCUUUCUGCUUGAAUAUUAUCAGAGUCAUAUCAGUUUCAAGAUUAAAAUAUGUCAUUGCAAAUUUUACUAAUGUAGAUGGAAAGAAUACACAAAAAUGCCUUGCUUCAAAUCCUGAAAAAAGCUAUUAAACUAAUCUUCAGUGAAUUUUUUUGAAUCUUGAGGGUUUGGUAUUGUUAUUUAACAACAUAAUCAAGUGUUUCAACAGCACAUAGUUUCUCACUUAUUGGAAAUUGUUUCUUAAUAUGGAAAUUUCUAGUAAUUGUUUUUAGUAAGUCAGACUUUGUGAUUUCUG